UAGCCGGUAGCAGAGGCAGGGAGCACACCUGUUGUGAACAGUCUGCUGAGCAUUUACACUUCCCUCUGCUAAACAUGGUGGAGCACAACCAGUCUGUAUUCCUCCUACAUGAAUAUGACUUUGAAAGACGCUUUGAUGUUCAGGGAGCCUUACAGUGGAUGCAGGAAAACUGGAGCAAAUCGUUUUUCUUCUCGCUGCUUUACAUUGCACUGAUAUUCGGAGGUCAGCGUGUCAUGAAAGAAAGGACAAGAUUUGAACUGAGGAGACCUUUGGUGCUUUGGUCUUUUACAUUAGCAGUAUUCAGUAUUAUAGGGGCCAUGCGGACAGGCUGGUACUUGAGCACUAUUCUGUUCACCAAUGGGUUCAAACAGUCCGUGUGUGACCGAGGAUUUUACAAUGGGCCAGUCAGCAAAUUCUGGGCGUAUGCUUUUGUUUUGAGUAAAGUCCCUGAGCUGGGUGACACCUUAUUUAUUGUUCUGCGCAAGCAAAAGCUAAUCUUCCUGCACUGGUACCAUCACAUUACCGUGCUGCUCUACACCUGGUACACUUACAAGGACUUUGUGGCCGGAGGAGGCUGGUUCAUGACUAUGAACUACACUGUCCAUGCCUUUAUGUACUCGUACUAUACCCUACGUGCAGCUGGAAUCCAUGUGCCACGACCCUGUGCCAUGUUCAUCACAAUCACCCAGAUCCUGCAGAUGUUAAUGGGCACCAUGGUAAAUGUUCUGGUCUACAGAUGGAUGCAGGAUGGGAGCUGCUCCAGUACGUUGCAGAACAUAUUCUGGUCCUCUUUGAUGUAUACAAGUUACUUGGUUCUUUUCUGCAGUUUCUUCUAUAAAGCUUACAUGAAAAUGCCAGCAAAAAAGAAGAGUGAAUAGUUUUGUAUGAAGUAAGACGUUUUCCCCAGAGCAGUAUUGCCAUUACCAAGACAUUUCCAUCCUUAAUUGUGACCAUAUUCUGUCUGUUUUUUUACAUUAAUUUGUUAUAUGAUAUUUCUAAAACUAAAAAUAGUACCCUAAUUCUAUUAACUAAGUGCCAUCAUUACCUUUACUUGGAAAAUUCCACCAAAAUCAUGGCAUCCAAUGAGAUAUUAUUAGGUAUAAUUACACAAGGGGGGAGUCCCUCCAGACCAGGUGUUUUGAUUUUAGGAAGAACCAACAAUGAAUUUACCUUUAAUCAAAAGGGAUAUGUUUAAAAUCUGGCCUGCUGAGGUGUUUAGGAAACCGAAGGUGACUACUAACAAAGGCAGAAUUGACACACAAAGUUAUAUGAUUAUUUUAUUAUUUUCUAAGUGAAGGAAAUGUCAAUACUGCAUUUAUUCACUCUAAUUAAUGUAUUACAGAGAUGUUCAUUAAAUACCUCAGUCGUGUACCUGAAUGAAGAACUAGUAGACUGAAACUGUCUAAUUCCAUUUAUCGAAGGAGGCCAACAGGCCAAGAUUUAAUACAUUUCUGGAUUGGCUUUGGUAGAUAAAGUAGAUAUCUACAUAUCUCAUCAGUGCUUAAGAAGAGAUACAGUUAAAUACUGGCCUGUCUAUAGCCCCAAUGACAGAAAAGUAAUUUAAAAAUGAAUCUAAAAAUUAUACCAAAAUUAGAAAACAAUAGUGUAAAUUUCUAUGUGCAAUGUUGUGCUUUGAGACCGUUAUGCAGUUCUAGUUGCUAGUUGAAGAAAGAAAAUCCAUUACUACGCUAGAAGGAAGACUUGAAAGUCUUCAUUGAAAAGAACAUCGAUGUCCUAAAUUAUUAACAGGCAAAGUAAAUAAAGCAACUCUACACAAAAACAGACAAACUGACAGUCCCAUAAUAUCUAUUGUGUGAGGGAAAAUGACAAAGAAAAACAUUUAUAGUAUAAUUUAGAUGUGCUUUUCUAAUGGUCUGUGAAGGAUAUCAGUGCCUUUUUGAAAUAUAGCAUUGUAUGGAAUACAUAGGAACACACAAAAUCUACACAUUAAAGAAGAUUUGCAAUAUUGAAUCAAACUAAAACUAAACAAAUUUCUUAAAUUGAUUACCAAUUCUUCAGAACUGAAGUAUAGAAUGGAGACCAAUCUCCUUUUGUUGUAUUCAAUUAUUGAGCCAACAACCACCUAAUUGUAUGCAGUAUUUAUAUCUAUCUACAUUUAUUAUUUAUUACUUAUGUCUAGAAACAUAUCUACAUGGAAAACGGAUAUCUAACAAGCAUCUGUUAUUUAUGAUGUUUAUAGCUGGAGAAUUUUUAUCAGCAAUUAAAUCUGUGCAAACUGACCUUGUCAUAGCCACCUGACUUUAUACACUGUGCAAUAUGAUACAUAGUUUUAUCAGACUUUGGCUUAUUGGCUUAGUUUUUAUUUAAUUGUUCAUUUCUUUUCCACUAGAUAUUAUUUCAGUAAUAUGUAAGUAGUUCCUAUCUUCUAGAGAUAUAAAGGUAUCUAUAAUACAAAAGAAAUAUGUAAUCCAUUAUUAUAUAAGCACAAAAACAUAAUUAUCUUUGCAAAAGAUUCUAGGACCGAGAGCUUCCAGAACUUUCCAUCACCCUGUAAAUACCCGCUCAAAUGCAAGAUAAAUACAUUUCCAUGCUUACAUACUAAAGUUCUAAAAAAUAACUGAACCAGUAAUUUAGGGGCUUGUGUGUCUCUAUACAGGAAUAUUAGCAUACACUGGAUUUUUUGUGCCCAAUUUCUGGGUAACCCAGGGCUUACUGGAAAGGGUGCAAUUCUUCAUUCUCAGGCACCAAAAAAAAAAAAAUUCCAGGAAGUUAUACACUACAACAAUUUAAUACCUUAUUCUGUAGGAAUGUAGCUUGACUGCAUUUUUUACAAUCAUAAAAUAAUAUAUGUCUUAUAAAAACCUUGCUAACUUUGACUCUGUGCCAGUGUUUUGCAGUAAAAGUAAUCUUUUUUUUUGCUAAAAUAUGUGAAAUAUGGAAGUCGAAAAAUCUCUACCAGAUUUUUUAUUCAAAUUCUAAGCUAAUUUAUUUCUUCAAAAUGAGGUUUAUUUGCGCAAUAGUAGAGGAGUUGGUAAGCCUGAGCAUGAGAAGAUAUAAGGUGGAGGACGACCUUAGUCCUUAGUUCUACUGGUCCUUUACCAGCUGUGCGUCAUCCCUUAUAUGCAGGUUUCUAAACAAAAUAUUUCAGUAAAACCAAGACAGGCACCACAUACAGGAUCUUUGUGCCUAUCUAUGAGUUUACAUAGUCUCUGGUUAGUGUGCGUCAUAUCCCAUCUUCCUGUCCUUCAGGUUAGUGCAUAAGAGCAUGCUUACUAAUUAGCAGCUGAUUAUACUCUCUGACAGAUAUCUGGGUGAUUUGAAAGGUGUAAGUCUCACUGUUAAAACAAACAAAUAAACAAACCUUUGCAUUGCAAAGUCCUUUGAAUAGUAUGAUGGGACUGCACAAUCCUAACAUAUAAUUGACUUUCGUGCCCCUUUAAGAACACAAUGGACAGAUGUAUUGGAGCUACAGCUAUAUAGACUGUAAGAUGUUAAACAAUAUUACUGCAGGUUAAUAAUAUGUCACAAACAUAUUAUACCUCAGAGCAAAAUAUACAGACCAGAAAAGGAUUUAUUAUAACAAAAUAUACACAUAUAUUGAUAAGGAAUUUUUUUCACACUGAAAUAGUGGCUCUAAAAAAGUGUAUAAUAAGUAGAUAAGGUUAAUACAGUGUUUAAUGUUUUUAUAAUUUGGCUACUUUGACAAAGUACAGAAUUCAUGUAACACAUAGCUGUCUAUCGUAUCUGAUACUACACUGCAGCUGGCUCGCUGGAUUAUGAAUUGGUAUAAUAUGCCCCAGAAGAUGCCAGGAUGCUGGUGCUUAUUAAUAACUGACCAUACGGUUUUAAGUAAAACCUACUGCAUAUUGUCUGUGCUUAUUUACUUGUCCACAAAUAUAUACACAACCAUCUUUUGAGAUCUAAAAACCCUUAAAAUGUUCAGCCAUAAAGAAAUAUUGACACACAAUACUGACAAGGGAUUGCCAUGAACACGUGCACAAUGUAAACUAGUGUUAUUUAUUUUUAUUAAGGUUAUUUUAAUGAUAGAAACUUGGUGAAAACUGUUUAUUUUUAAAAUGAUGGAGCCUGAAUCAUAUAGUCCAUGUUUGGAUAAAUGAAUGAAGGUCUGUUGGAGAUGAUAAACUAUACAGGUUGUAUCAUAGGAUACUUUAGUCUAACGAUGACAGUAAGAACAAAUUAUACUUAUAUAUGUGUAUGAUUAUUGCACUUUUAUAUAUAUUGUAUCCUAACAUUAUGUUGGUGGUAAUAUGUAAUGUACACAAUUUGGGCUUUUAUAGGUUCAGAAGGUAUGUCGCUAAUAUUAUGGCAGAUGUAUUUGAUAAAUAAUAUACAGCUUUUAUACAAGGACAACUUUAAAAACAUUCUGAAGAAUUCAAUGAUAGACACAAGUGAAAUGUUGAGUAGGUUCCUAAGAGAAAUGUGCUUAAAGGGAUAGAAAGGUCAAAAGUGAAAUGUGCUUUGGUACAUUUCAGUUUUAAAUAGAAGUAUUUUUUCAGCAUACUUCCUUUAGUAAAAACACUUCUAGUUAAAGUCAUUGGUAUUUUUCAUUGGCGUACGUACAUACUGUAUGCUGUGAGAUCACUACACCUUCUUAGACAGUCAGCAGUGACUUGUAUGACAGAAAUGAAGUCUUAACAGAUGCAAUACAUACCACUGAGCUUGUAUACUAGUGCACAAACCCUCACAGCAUAUGUGCGUAUGCCAUUGGAGAAACAGUAAUUACAUUUAUGCUAAUGGAAGUAUAUUGCAGAAUCACUUCUAUUUAAAAUUGAAAUGCACCCGAGCACAUUUCAGUUUUGCCCUUUCUGGUCAUUUAACCCUCCCUGCUGAUCAUUCUCACGUGUUCUUGAACGAUUUGUAAAUAUUUGCUGUAUAUACUGACAUUGUCUUGAAAAACAUGGUUAUCCAAUAAAGGCGCAUGAAAGAUUAUAACAUUGCAAACUAUGAAUUGUAAGAAGAAUAUAGCUAUUCAAUGUCCAAGGUAUGCAGCUCAAAGCUUCACCCCUUAUCAGUUUAAUAAAUUUGAUUCAAUUUGUCCACCCAAUCAGGAUUCAGCACAGCAGAUGUUGCACAUUGCUUUUAUUGUUGAGGACAUACCACACUCAUACAUUAUCAAAAUGUUGGCACAUUCCCUUUGUUUUUGUUUUUUUAGAAUAGAAAAAUUAACUAUUUUUGUUUAUGUUUCAUGGGUCCUUCAAUGAAGAUCUGGGACUCUUAAUUUAUUAGCUUGUUUUAAUGCUAAAAUAAAUAAUGAAAAUCCUAUUUCUGAUGAGGAUCCUUCACAUAGUUAUAACUAAUGAAUAUGUGACUUUUUAAUUUGUAAAGCAUGUAAAUAUUUUAUACUAAAGACUUUAUUUUCUGUUAAUUCAUAAUAAUUAGAAUGUACUAUUAUAUUAUCCAAAACCUGCUUCAUAUGUAAUUGUGGAUGUUUUAGGAAUUCUUAUUUGGUAUAUUUAUAUUUGUAUCUCUAAUUUGAAAUAAAGAUUUUUUUAAACAGUG